AUGCGCCUCGCCGUUCAUUUCUCCUCCCCCACUCUCCUCCCCGCCACCGCUGCCACCGCCAGUGGCAUCCCGUCUGGAGGAGCGGGGGCGGUACCAAAUGCAGCUGGUGGGGGCGUGAGCAGUGUUCAGGGCACUGCAGGGGCGUUCGGGGCAGGUUUAUCCUGGGGAGGUGCAGCAGCAGAUACACCUGUGGCAGGCAGAAAUGGCUUUACCAGCAGCGGCAGCAUGAGCGGCAACAGUGGGAGCACUCACCCCGUACCCCACGCAUCAAAUCCUCCCACACCGCCUUCACACGCGACACACAGCCCAUCCCCUACCAUCUCUGCUCCCCCACCCCACUCCACAGCCCACGUGAGAAUCACAGCCAUUGAUUUCGGAAUCGUCAGUGUGGAGGAGUAUCCAACGGGCCUGGUGCAUCUGAGCGGGCAGUACCUGGAGCAGGUGGCAUCUAUGCUUGGCCUGUCUCUCACCUUUCACGGCAUUGAGACCACGCCUCAGGACUUCCACCCGUCACAAGUGGAGGUGGAUGAAGGCGAGGAGGUAGUGGUGCUGGCCAAUUGGAGCCUCAUGAUUUUCCCAGACGACACAGUUCUUCGCUCCAACCCCCGCAACUCCAUUCUCAAGUGGAUUCGCGACCUGCGCCCGCUCCUUGUACUCCAGUUUGACAUUGAUUUGGAUGCCAACGGGCCCUUCUUCCUCUCGCGCUUCCAUGCUGCAUUCAUGAACUUUGCCGCACUCCUGGAGUCCUUUGACUGUUCCUUGCCACACGCCGCGACCCCCCGCUUUGUGGCCGAAACCAUCCUGGCGCGGGACUUUGUAAAUGAGGUGGCAUGCGAGGGCAUGAACAGAUGGCUGCGGGCGGAGCGGCUCGGCAUGUGGGUGCAUCGAAUGAGAGCGGUGGGGCUGGAGCCGGUACCUUUAGGGCCCGAUACAUUGGCUGCUGGGAGGGAGAUCACGGAGGGCAGGGACAAGAGAUUUCGGCUGGAAGUGCAUGGCAAGGGGAAUGGCAAGGGCAAGGGCAGUGUAGCCAGGCUUUGGAAGACAAAACAGGUCUUAUCAAACCAGGGUUCUGUAUUCUGUUCAGUAAGCCGUCCCAUGACGGAGAAUGAUAAGACCAGCAAGCCGCAACCCAUCCUUCAAUUAUGCCUUGGAAAGGCGCCGCUGACCAAUGAACCAGCACUCGAUGUCGUCCCAACAACGUCAAAUGGACAGGCGUUUGUUCUUAAUGCGAACGCCUGGUGCAGUGGAAGUUGCAAAGAAAUUGGCAGCAAUUCCGGAGGCAGCAAUUCUGCAGCCAGCAAUUUAGACACGUUCCUGUCCGAGCUGGAUGCUCCGUCCACGUGGCUUCGUGAUCCAUCUCGGGAUGCGGAGAGGGGAUCAGAGCAAGUUUUCCCUGCCACGUCAGCAUCCGUUCUGCGCGCAUUGCAGCCUGACGGUUCCGCUUCUCAGGUUCUGACCUUCGAGGAAGCUUCGGAGGGGCUGUUCGCGGCGGUAGCGCCAGCGACUUUUCAGAGCGCGAGGGGCCGCUGGGAGCAGGUGCAGCGUGAGCAAGCACAGAGGGCGCAGCUGCUGUUGCCAGAGCAGGAGGAAGCGCCGAAUCAGCUGCUAACGCCGCAGCAGCAGACGCAGCAGCAAGGGCAAUAUCAGGAUCAGCAACAGCAGCAGCAGCAGCAGCAGCAGGAAGCCCUUCACCCGAGCAUACCCGCCAGCACACGGCCUCUCUCCUCCGCCAUCCAUGCCCGUCCCUCACCCCCUCAGCGCUCCUCCCCAGAUCAACGCCCCUCACCCUAUCGUGGCGGUGACAUAGGAGUGGGCGCGAUUAGAGGGCCUCCCGUCGACCCUAACUCCGCUCCGCCUCCGUCCAAGCUGCCUCGGCGCCCCCCAGACCUCUCGUCCCGUCUCGCCGCAGUGCUGCAGAACAUCAACCCGUCGCGCCCUGCGCCCUCCCCCUGGCAACUCGUUCCCUGCUUGUCCAAGCCGGGCCUUCCUUCUGCUGCCACGCCCGCAGCUCCCGCUGCCACUGCGUCUAUCUCUGCAGCUCAGUCGUUUCCCGUGCCAGGUUCUUCCACAGCAGCAGCGAUUCCAACAGCACCGGCAGCAGCAGCACCAGCAGCAGCACCACCAGCAGCAUCUGCAGUAGCAGCAGCAGCGUUAGCGGUAGCAGUAGCUUGUACAGUGUCUUCUCUAAAGGCGCCUGAGAGCAGGUUCGUGGUUGGACGCAGUCGGGGAGACACGGAGGCUUUCAUGGGCUCAAAACUGUUCCCCUCUGCUGUUCGCACCAGCAACGGAUAUAACCAGCGAGGGCAGUGGCCAGCAGCCGUUUCGGACAAGACUGCAGUUCGCAAAAUUCGCGUCACUGCGGCACACAGCGCUUCAGACGAUGAAGAUGAUCUUUGCGCAGCAAGCAGGACGUUCGUUGCCGCAACAAACAUUCCUGCAUUUGGCCCCGAGAGGCCCCUGCGAGUGGAUGUGUCGGGCAUGCUGCCACGGCCCAUGUGUGGCGCGAGGGAGGGCAUGCUGAAGCAGCAGCUCAUGGCUCUCGCUGAAGCCAUGGCCGUUGAUGACUCGGUGCGUGGGGCUGUUAGGGAUGGGGGGAUACUUGUCGAGUGGGAUGCCUUGUCGAUGAUUCGGUGUGUGGAGAGAUGGGGGUUUGGAGGGAUGGACGGAUGGGGGGUGGAGGGAUGUUUGUAUGGUGAAUCUGUGCGGCGGCGGCGGCUGCACAUAAUAGCCAUUGGACUCUACUGCGGACCGCACUGGAUCGAGAUCUUCAUGGGCCUCGCUGCCCAGUUCUCCUCCCCCCCUCUCCUCCCCGCCACCACUGCCACCGCUGCCACAGCCAAUGGGCAUCCGCCAAGUGGCAUGCCAGGUGCGGGAGCAGGGGCAGUGCCAAAUGGAACUGGUGGGGGUGUGAGCAGUGUUCAGGGCACAGCAGGGGCGCUCGGAGCAGGUUCAACUGGGGGAGGUGCGGCCGCAGAUGCACCUGUGCCACACAGCAAUAGCUUUACCAGCAGCGGCAGCAGUGGUAGCACACACCCGACAACCCCCUCCCCACCUCUUUCACACGCUACUACCCCCUCGCGCCCCACGGCCCACGUGAAAAUCACAGCCGUUGAUUUUGGAUUCGUCAGUCUGGAGGAAUAUCCAACGGGCCUGGUGCAUCUGGGGGGACAGUACCUGGAGCAGGUGGCAUCUAUGAUGGGCCUCUCCCUAUCGUUUCACGGUAUGGAAACCACCCCACACGACUUCCACCCGUCGCAAGUGGAGGUGGAUGAAGGCGAGGAGGUAGUGGUGCUGGCCAAUUGGGGCCUCAUGGUCUUCCCAGACGACACAGUGCUUCGCUCCAACCCCCGCAAUGCCAUUCUCAAGUGGAUUCGGGACCUCCGCCCGCUGCUCCUCCUGCAAGUAGACAUAGAUCUCGAUGCCAACGGGCCCUUCUUCCUCUCGCGCUUCCACGCCGCCUUCGCCAACUUUGCCGCGCUCAUCGAGUCCUUUGAUGCUUCCAUGCCGCACGCCGCCUUGCCGCGCCUCGUCGCGGAAACCAUCCUGGCGCGGGACUUUAUCAACGAGGUGGCAUGCGAGGGCAUGGACAGAUGGCUUCGCUCGGAGCGGCUGGAUAAAUGGGUGCAUCGGAUGAAAGCGGUGGGGCUUGAACCCGUACCUUUAGGGCCGGAUACAGUGGCUGCUGGGAAGGCGAUCACAGAGUGCAGGGACAAGAGGUUUCGGCUGGAAGUGCAUGGCCACAUAGCCAAGCUCAGGAAGACAGCUCUUAUCAAACCAGGGUUCUUUAAUUAG